AUGGGAACCUUCCGCUAAACUACGCACUUCGCAAGAAAGCUAGCAUCCAGGAAGUGAAGGAACCCUCACUCAAAACAUUGUAUUUACAGUCGCUGAGUAAAUGUUUCGGCUGUGGAACAGCAGUCAUCUAACUCUGGUUAACUUGAUGGUUUUAUCCCGUGGAAACAUGUCGAUUGAGUCCACUCAGUGCGGCCCCGCCGAGGUUAAAAACAGUGAUAACAGGUCGAUUCACUCGGACAGCGUCGAGGAGGUUCAUAACGUACCGAUGAACGUCAUCAUCAGACCGAUACCUUCGGUAUUGGACGAGCUGAAAGUUCAGAGUCUGAUGAACACAAUAAAGGAGGCAGCGAACACGAGAGUCGUCCCUCCGAUCGAUGUGCUCUGGAUCAGAGGCAGAGAGGGCGGAAACUACUACUACUCUUUUGGAGGCUGUCACAGGUUUGCUGCCUAUCAGAGGUUGAACAUGCCGACCAUCCCAGCCAAGCUCAUCAAGUCAAAUGUCUCAAACCUCACCACCUACCUGGGGGCUUCUACGCCUGAUCUGAGGUGAUGUUGAAGCAGCUUGCAGUUUUCACUGCUGUUGCAGCUGGUGACUGUGCAGAGGAAAGGACCUACCAGCAGGGGGAAAUGUAACUCUUCAGUAAACACAUGACAUUUUCCAUUUGAACUGACUGCAAUGUGUGUUUGUCUAUCCAUUUUUCUGUCUUUUAAUACCUUUAACUGUCAUAAAAAAAAGUAAAUUGAUUGAUAAACUCAACACAGCCAAUUUUGGAGCCUUUUUCAUGGCAGACAUUUGACCUGUUAAAGUAGAGAAAACACAUGUCACCAAUAUCAUUAACACUAUCUCUGUUGUGUUCAGUGUCUCUGUAAUGCACAAUUUGUUGCAUUCAGAGCCUUUUUUUUCCGACAGAAAUGGGUUGAGCAGAAAGAAGUCCCAUUAUUCCGACUUGGGAGGGUUCAUUCCAAGAUGGUUUGCCUCAUUGGUAGACUUGUAGUGACACUAUACAAAUAGUCCAAAGGGCUUUCUUUGUCUGUGUGUCUUUAUUUGUUUACAGGCGAAUACAGUCAAACAACGUGCUUUUGGCUGUUUUGAAUAACCUGCAUUGACUGUUGAUAUCACAUGUCAAUAUUCAAUUUUAUUUGGGUGUAAGUCCAUCUUUUGCUGCCAUUUUAACACUGAUUUGAUGAAACAAUCUUUAGCCCUUUUUACUUUUUACUACUCACAGCAUUGACAAACACGUCAGACGCCGACACAAGGGAUUUUUUUCAGCUCAGCUGCUCAUGGUUACAGUUGCCUGAGUUGUCUGAAAUCUGCAACCCUGAUUCCCAAAAAGUAAGAACACUGUGUGAAACAUGAAUAAAGAGGUCUUUAUGAGGUAUUUUGUUUGUGACUUUGGGCUAUAUGAAUAAAAUGGACUUGAUUGGAUUUAAAGGGGGUUUACCAACAACAGUUUUACAAAGUGUUCCCUUAUAAAUAUUUUAUGUUUUAAAUGUCCAAUUCCUUUUAUACAGUCAUGUGUUUCAAAGUGGUGAACCUCGCCCCAUCCUUGCUCUAGAACGUCUGAGCCUUUUGAGGAUGCGUCACCUGUUACCAGUGAACCUGUUAACCUGUGGAAUGUUCCAAACAGGUGUUUUUGAACAUUAUUUAUGUUUUACACCAUGGCUGCUUUUUUUGGAAUCAGGGUUGUACAUAUAAUGGUCCAACCUUUGAGUGUGUAAAUUGAUGCAUCUAAUAGAGUGGUGAACUAAAAAGACUCCAGACGAGGCAGCCCAGUCAUCAGGAAAAAAUGUUGGCAGUUCUUUCUCCAAACCACUGAUGCGUUCACAUUUCUAUGUGUAACAAGCUACGAAGCGCAACAUGGCAUAUCAUGUUGACAUUGCAUAUUUGUGACCUGACUUUCAUAUCAGGAUGUGUCACGGGUGGCGGUGGAGAAACAGGUGACAAGGUUUGCAAGCCAGUGGCCCGAGUUCCAGACUGUGUUUCGACACCACUUGAUAUUUUUAGGAAGACCUCAGGACAAUCUCCAGCCGUGUUUGUGCCGACCAAAGCAGAUAUUUUAAGGUCUUUUCCAAACAACUAACAAGGUGUUUUUUGUCCCUAAACCCUACCCAGACCAUAAGUGCAGCAUCGCCACUAGAUGAGAUAGAAAAUUGAACCUGAAGAAAGGUAAAGCUGCAACAUAAAGAAAUGUUUCACCACAUCUCUGGUUUGCAAAACGUACAUUGCCAACAUGUAUUUUGGUGACUGGGUUGCCCUCAAACUCUGGAACUGAAGCGGCUGAUCAUCAGCCAUCAUUUGUUUCAUUACGUGCACCAGUGUUUUUCCUGCUGUGACGUCAUUUUUUCAAGGCACGGAUACAGUACAAUUUCAUUGAACUGCACCUUUUAACGUUCUUGUUUUAUAAAAAGAAAAUAUGAAAAUAAACUCAACUGAGCUAGAUGGUGCACCUUUUGAGUUCCUCCUGCUGAGCACUGAGGAAGAUUUAAAUACAGGUUGUCGCACAUUAAAGUUAUUGGAAUCUAAAAUUAUGUCAAAA